AUGAAAGCGCUGCAAGAAGAAAUUUUACGUAAAUGUAGAAAGAAAGCGGAAUUUUUAGCUCCUCGUGAUGAUGAAACGAAAAAUGAGGAACAUGAAGUGAAAGAUUUACACGAGAAGGAAGAUGCACUCUCGAUGGAAACUGAUAAAAUUACGGAAGAGGAUUUACCCUUCGAGGAUGUAUUAGCUGAGAAACGUCGCAAAUGUACAGCUAAAGAAGAAUUUAUUUAUUCAAUAUGGGAUGGAUAUUUCUUACGAAAAAAAUCUUUCGCAAAAAAAUCGAACAAGGAUGAUGCUGAAGCUAUUGAGGAAAGAGAAGAGAUAGAUGACAAAGGCGAUGAUUUAUUUAUAAAGGAAGAUGAGGAAAAAAAAGAUGAACUAUCCAUCCCCUCCUGGAAACUUUCAUUACCAGAUGAAUUUGCUGAAAUAAAAUUCUACAACAAAAAUUCUUAUUGUGGUCGCAUCAGCCAGAAGAUGAUGGAAGGUGAAGGGACAUACAGAUGGCACAAUGGUGUCUAUUAUAAAGGCCAAUUUGAGCGGAAUAAGAUGCAAGGAAGAGGUUUCCUAGAAUGGAAUAACAAUUGUUGGCACGAGGGUGAAUUUAUGGAUGGUUUUCGACAUGGUAAAGGUCUGAUAAUAGAUAGAGAAAAAAGUCGUAUGCACAUUGGCCAAUGGCACAUGGGUCACAGAAAGAAAAUAAUAAAAUAA